GAGAAGAGAGUUCCUCAGAUGCUCUUCAUAUGUUCUUGUACGCUUGCGCAGUAGUAAAAAACACGGUAGAAGGGGUAGAAAAUCAGUGGUGGGGAGCCCAAAAGCAUUGAAGCAACUGAGGAACUCUUUUCUCAGUUCGAAUAUAUAGUUUCACUCUAUGUAUACUUACACUUUAGUGGUUGAGAAUUCCUUUUCGUCAGUUUUACGAUAAUUUUCCGUUUGUAAACAAUUGUAAUUGUAAAUUUAAAUGUAAUAGUUGUAAAUACAAUUAAUUUAUUUGAAAAUGAAACUAAUUUGUAUGACAGAAAUCAAUAAAAAUUCAUCUAAUGGUUUAGAAUUCGGAUCAAAAAAAAAAUUACACAAUUCUUGUCUAACAAUUGGUAAAAAAUCAGAAAAAAAUAACGAUCUCUAUUUAUUUCUCUCUACACGCCAAAAUAACUGUGAAAUGAAAUGUAAGAUUGAUCAAAUUCAGAAUGUUUUCACGAAAUUCAUUAAUCAAGGUAAAACAACUAUACGCUUAAAAGAGCCAGCAAUGGAUUUGCAUCUUAAAUGUAGCAAUGUUAUUGAAUUAAAAAGUUUUCUUCACGUAUUGAAAUUGGGUCUGGACAAAAAACUACCAUCACACAUAACGCCUUUGCCAAGUGCUGUUGGGUUUAAAGGAAGUACUUCAAUACCAAAAAAAAAAAUAACCAUCAAAAAGAAAACUGACUAUCCAACACUAGAAGGUUUUCCUCGAACAACAGAAGAAUUAAAUAUUUCUGGACUCGAUCGAAAGUCAUUUGACCGACAAAUUUUACGACUACAAAGUCUACGAAUUUUAAAUUUGUCAAAUAAUUUCAUCGAAAGACUGCCAACAGAAUUAGGAGUAUUAUUACCUCAUUUAGUAGAGCUAAAUUUAUCACAAAAUAGGCUAGGUCAAUGUAAUAAUCGUACUAAAUGGCUGUGGCUUAAUGGUGUUAAUAUAACCAAAUCAUUACGACUACUAGACUUAAGUUCAAAUCAGAUACAAUUAUUACCAAAUCAAAUUGGAAAAUUAAAAAAAUUAUGUACCCUUAAUAUAUCUAACAAUCAACUGAAACAAUUACCUUCAAGUAUUGGAAAUCUUACACAGUUAAAGUUCUUCGAUUUUUCUAGUAAUAAUAUCAAUAUUUUACCUGCCACAAUACGAAAUCUUCAUUUGGAUCAUUUAAAUGUUUAUGGAAAUUUUAAGGUUGAUUACCAAGACGAUAAUAUUGUUAGGGAUUUCACCAUUAUGGAAUCAAAUUCUAUAUCAACGCUAAGAGAAUUUGCUGCUCGUGUUGUUAUUAAUAAUCGCUUUUUUUACGAUGCCAGUAUUAUUCCAUAUACUUUAAUUGAAUAUCUUGACAAUGCUCAGUUUUGUAUAUGUGGAAAUGCUUGCCUGAAUACAUGUAUUUAUAAAAUCAUACUAGCUGAUUUGAGGUGCAAUGCAUGCAAUAUCACUUCAACUCCAAUAAUAACUUCAACAGUUCCUUUCUUUUGUACAUGUUGUUCAAUAAGUUGUUUCAAUAGAGUCAGCAAAACAAGUAUUUAAUACAAUGUCAAAUGUGACAAACCUGAGUGAGAAGUGUAAUGAAAACAAUAUAUAUUUUGAUUUAAAAAUAA